UCCUUGGAGCCCGUGCUGCGGGACCCCUGCUACCUAAUCAACGAGGGCAUUUGCAACCGCAACAUCGACCAGACCAUGCUUUCCAUUCUGCUCUUCUUCCACAGUGCAUCCGGAGCCAGCGUGGUGGCCCUAGACAACAAGAUUGAGCAGGCCAUGGAUCUAGUGAAGAAUCAUCUGAUGUACGCUGUGAGAGAGGAGGUGGAGAUCCUAAAGGAGCAGAUCCGUGAGCUGGUAGAGAAGAACUCCCAGCUGGAGCGUGAGAAUACCCUCCUGAAGACCCUGGCAAGCCCGGAGCAGCUGGAAAAGUUCCAGUCCCGGCUGAGCCCUGAAGAGCCAGCACCUGAAGCCCCAGAAACCCCAGAAGCCCCUGGUGGCUCUGCAGUGUAAGUGGCUCUGUCCUCAGGGUGGGCAGAGCCACAACUUGUUCUUUCUAGUUCUUUCCAGUUUGUUUUUUGGCUCCCCAAGCGUCAUCUCAUGUGGAGAACUUUACACCUAACAUAGCUGGUGCCAAGAGAUGUACCAAGGACAUGGCCAUCUGGGUCCACUCCAGUGACAGACCCCUGACAGAGAGCAGGUCUCUGGAAACUGAGUUGCAUGGGUCUAGUAGC